GAACCCAAGCUGCCACAUUUACAAAAACAACUUUCCAUGCACUGGGGCAUUUUCUUGAAAGGAAUAAGAGGCAUUGCAACACUUGGUAGAGUUUACUAGCCUAAUUAAAACUUUAUAACAUUUAUGCAAUGCUUCAGUGACCUUCAGCCUACUUGGGUCUAAAUGAACUGUAUAUGAGCACUAAACGACGCCGUUCAAGAGUUACUUUCCUAUCUUAACCUCCUCGGCCAUCGGCAUCUUCUUCUACCACCGGCCCGUCUCUCUGGGUCCAGGAGAACAGCAAUGGCGUCCUUCAUCUCGAUUCCUUACACAGGGAACUCCACAGCUCAUUCUCAAUUCAAGGCUCGAAUUCCCUCUAGCCCUCUCAAACCCACCCGCUCUCUAACCCUCAAAAUCCCAUCUCCUUCUCCCGCUCCUUCCAAAUCUCUCUGCACCUCCGCAUCCUCAAACACCCAUCCCCGAACCCACCAAACCACGACCACAGCCACUGCCUCCAACAACUCUAGGGUUUUCCGCCGUUCCGGUGGCUCCGCUCAACGCGAAAGCACCAAAAAUCGGGGUCGCUCGGAGAACGACACGUAUCGCCCCCGCAAAGACCGAAGCUUGGAUUUUCCUAAACCCAAAAACUCCAAUAUUCAUUCUUUCAAUCAAAAUGAGGCGUACCCACUGCGGGGAGGCCUCAAUGUAGCCCCUUCGGAUGUUGAUUUACUGAGUUUGUGCAACGAGGGUAAGAUUAGAGAAGCUGUUGAUUACAUGGGCCGAGGCGCUCGCGCCAAUUAUGAUGUAUUUUGUGCCCUCCUGAGUUCGUGCGGGGAUUCGAAGUCGCUUGAAGUGGGGAAAAUGGUUCAUGAUUUCUUGAAAGAUUCCAUAUUCAGCGGUGAUCUCGAAUUGAACAAUAAAUUGAUCGAAAUGUAUGGCAGGUGUGGGAGUGUGAGAGAUGCACGCCGAGUGUUUGAUCAAAUGCGUGACCGAAAUAUGAGUUCAUGGCAUUUGAUGAUAAAUGGAUAUGUAGCAAAUGGGCGGGGGGAUGAUGGGUUGCUGAUGCUUGAGAAGAUGACAAAGUCGGGAUUGCGGCCUAAUGAGCAGACUUUUGUGGCUGUUUUUUCCGCGUGUGCUUGUGCUAGAGCUGUAGAAGAAGUUUUUUCAUACUUCCAAUUGAUGAAGAAUAAGUACGGAAUUGUUCCGGGGAUUGAGCAUUACUUGGGAGUCAUAGAUGUGCUUGGCAAAUCUGGUCAUUUAAGUGAAGCUGAAGAGUACAUUGAGAGGAUGCCAAUGGAACCCACUGCUGAAAUUUGGGAGGUUUUAAUGAAUUUUGCACGAAUACAUGGAGACAUUGAUCUCGAAGACCGAGCAGAGGAGUUGAUGGUUGCUUUGGACCCUUCAAAAGCUACUGAAGAUAAAAUCCCCGCCCCACCACGGAAGAAGCAUUCUGCGGUUAACAUGCUUGACGGGAAGAACAGGAUCACCGAAUAUCGGUGCAGGAGUGCUUACAGGGCAGAGGCACAUGAGAAAGUGGACGGCAUGAAUGGGCAGCUUAAAGGUUAUGUACCAGACACGAGAUAUGUGCUUCACGACAUCGAUGAGGAGGCAAAGGAGCAGGCUUUGCUCUAUCACAGUGAACGUCUAGCAAUUGCAUAUGGCCUGAUCAGUACUCCAGCGAGGACAACUCUGAGGAUCAUCAAGAACCUUAGAAUCUGCGGUGACUGCCACAAUGCAAUAAAACUCAUGUCCAAGAUUGUUGGGAGGGAGCUGAUUGUGAGGGAUAACAAGCGGUUUCAUCACUUCAAGGAAGGGAAAUGCUCUUGUGGGGAUUACUGGUGAAGGUGUAAUCAACAUUUGAUAUUUGCAGUUCCCACACUUGGUAUUCUGUGUUUCCUUCCCAAAUGCAGCUAAUAUUUAUCGGCUAAUCAAGGAAAAUGAGGGAUGCACGUCUGUUGAGGAUUGAGGUUUCUUGAUUGUACAUUAUUCUUUUACUCAAAUUUAUCCAUCAAUUUCCAAAAUUAUCU